GGCGGGGUCAGCUCUUCCUGCUGGUUAAGUGGGAUAAAGGAUGUUCCCAGUCUGUUAUAAGGAAACUCUUGAGCACCAAGGAUAUGAUCAUUGCUGAGGAGUACAGUGAGGACCCUUAGGAAGGACCAGCAGGCUGUUGAUGGAGAAGUGGGCGGAUGACAGCCGGGACUGUGGUCAUCACUGGGGGCAUCUUGGCAACUGUGAUCCUCCUCUGCAUAAUCGCUGUUCUGUGCUACUGUCGACUCCAGUAUUACUGCUGCAAGAAGGACGAAUCCGAGGAGGACGAGGAGGAGCCCGACUUCGCUGUGCAUUCUCACCUGCCGCCCCUUCAUUCCAACCGCAACCUUGUGUUGACCAACGGGCCAGCUCUCUACCCGGCUGCCACCACCUCUUUCAGCCAAAAGUCCCCGCAGGCCCGUGCCCUCUGCCGCAGCUGCUCCCACUACGAGCCGCCCACCUUCUUCCUGCAGGAGCCAGAGGAUGACGACUUUGAGGGCGUGCGCAACGGCGGGGGCCGCGUGGCCUACAAAAGCAUCAGCCAGGAAGAUGUGGAGCUGCCGUCCGCGAGCUUCGGGGGCCUGCAGGCGCUCAACCCCAACCGCCUCUCUGCCAUGCGGGAGGCCUUUUCCCGAAGCCGGAGCGUAAGCACUGACGUGUGACGGGCCUCUAUCCUGCUGAGGCACCGAGCCCUGGGUCCUGAGAUCAUGACAGGAUACCCGCGGCACACUCCAGCCCCAUCUCCAGACCUCUGCUCAGCCAGUCUUCCCUGUAUCCUUGUCCUAGGGGCUCCGGGAAUGAGGAACCCCUGGGCCCUCUACAAGGAUAAAGCCCAAUGAACCAGAUGUGGCAGCUGUGAGUAGGGACAGCUGUCACAAGAAGGGAGGCAAGGGACAGGAGGGUAAGGUAAGGCUGCGUUGGGGCCCAGGGGCCUGGUCCUAUUUCCAGGAAGUGAGAAGAUGGAUACUGUCUCUAGCAACUAGUCUGUCUCUGGCUUCAUGGUCUUAGCUGUCAGUCCCUCCCCAGACCUUGGGCUUCCUACCUUGCUUAAGUGGUCUCACCGGUUGCCAGUGACCCUACAAGCAUGAACCUUCCUUAGAGACUGUGGACCAAAUAAAUAUUCUGUCCCUUCACCCCAUCUCCCCUUUCCCAUCCUUCUCCCCACCCUCUCUUCAUUCCUUCUCCGAGCCUCUCUGCCUCAUGCCCCUGAACCUAGAUACCAAGCAUCUGCCCCAAGAUUGAGAUGCCCAUUGCUCUGGCUUCCUCAAGAUGGACAAGUCUCCCUGUGAGGAGGGAGAGUGUAGGAGUCAUAGUGUACGUGGACGCUUGCUCUACCCAGUCUGCUCUUUCCUGAGAGAAGAGGCGUACACACAGAGGCCCUUGCUCUGGGAGGGUUUGACACUAAAAUUUACACAUUGGGCGCUUAGCCCUAAAACCCAUACAUCUGACAGACAUCCAGUGAGGUUGCAGAAGCACUGGAGGUGACCCGGCUAUGCACUAGAGGUCUCAGGUGUUGACUUACUGUGACUCUUAGGCAGACCAGCCCAUCCACGGGCUUCCCUCCCCAUGCAUGUAGUUUUGGGGGGUGGGGGACUGGCUGCAGAAAGCCCUUUGAACUCUGGUCCUCAGUGGGUACUAAGGUCCUUUGGGGAAGCUGAGCUAUAGACCAUCUACUUCCUGUUUCCUGCUCAGAAUGAGGGACUGCAGGCCCAGUCAGCCAGAGCUUGCUGCCCCUGUAUGAAAGUCCUGUCUCCACUCAUGCUGCUCCAAGCCCCCAGCUGUCUGAGAAAUCAGCGUCAGGUGACCAAGAUGCUCCAAGCCCAGAGCCCUAGCCAUAAGGAAUGCAGUUCUCCUGCUCCAAAAAGAGACAACUAUUCUUGGCAGCAUAGCCUCAGUUUCCUUCCCCUCGGGGCAUCUUUCAUCCCCAGGCCCUGCCGUGGAGCUCCAGACGGAGCAAGUGUCCCCAUGAAGGUGCCUUCCUGUAGGACAGUGGCCACUCCUGAGCCAGAUCCCACAGCAGAGACCUCCACACUCAUUACAGGCAGCUGAACCAUGCGAGUGAGGACCUGCUGUCUUUGGCAUUCUGAAUUCUUUCUCCUUUUCUUUUUCCUGCCUCAGUUUGGUCUUGCUAACAGAAUCUACCCUUAGACUCACAGACGUCCCCAACCUACUUCUUCCCCCUCUGCUCUCUUUGUCCCAUUCUAUCCAUCCUGUGGCAUCGUCCUGUGCACUGCUUGGGGUAUGGGUGAGGUAGGGAGGGGUGCUCUGGGCUGUUCUGUCUUCGCCUCCUACCCCUCCCUUUUAACCUCCAUCAUCUCUGUAUAGAUCCAUAGACAUUUUCAAAGUGGAUUAAACAUCUGUCCCUAUCAAUCAGCACCACCACGGGACCUGCCAGGGGCCCGCACAGCACCCUGGAGAAAGCAAAAGCCAAUAAAUUUGUUUCCCACA